AUGGCGUCAAUGGAUACGGUGAUAGCAAAAUACGAAGCCCGGCAAUCUGCGCUUGAAACAAGCAACAACCCCUUUGCCCAGGGAAUUGCCUGGGUUGGAGGUGACCUGGUUCCGCUAUCACAAGCACAAAUUCCACUCCUCGACCAGGGUUUCCUUCAUAGUGACCUGACAUAUGACGUUCCAGCUGUAUGGGAUGGGCGAUUUUUCCGCCUUCACGACCACCUCGAUCGAUUGGAAGCAAGCUGCGGAAAGCUCCGGCUUCAGCUCCCUCUGCCUAAGUCAGAAAUCAAACAGAAAUUAGUGGAGAUGGUGGCCAAAUCUGGAAUUCGUGACGCUUAUGUGGAAAUAAUCGUUACUCGUGGCCUCAAAUUCGUUCGCCAGGCCGACCCUAAAGAUAUUGUCAACAAGCUUUACAUGUUUGUGCAGCCUUACGUUUGGGCCAUGCCGCCUGCUUUGCAGCGUGUUGGUGGGAGGGCUGUUAUUGCACGAACAGUCCGCCGUGUUCCUCCGGGGUCAAUGGAUCCCACAGUCAAGAACCUACAGUGGGGAGAUCUGAUACGUGGCCUACAGGAAGCUGCUGAUCGAGGAGCUACCUAUCCUUUACUAACGGAUGGGGACGCGAAUUUGACUGAAGGCCCUGGUUACAAUGUCGUCAUUGUCAAAGGUGAUGCCUUAUACACCCCCGAUCGGGGCGUCCUAGAAGGUGUUACUCGCAGAACCGUCAUGGAAAUUGCGCAAAGGAAUGGAAAAAGUGUUCAUGUGCAAGUUGUCCCUGUUGAGAUGGCUUUUCAAUCGGACGAAAUAUUCAUUUGCACCACUGCCGGAGGUAUUAUGCCUCUUACAUCUAUUGAUGGCAACGCGAUCAAUGGCGGCCAAAUUGGGCCUAUAACUAAGCGUAUCUGGGAUGAGUACUGGGACUUGCAUUACAAUCCUACCUACAGCUUCAUGAUCAAUUAUACGCAUAGCUAG